UAUAUUGUGAUAAUGAUAUUGUAAUUGAGACAUAUGGAUGCUCUUUGUAUCUGGAUGAUUGACAUAUGAUACAUGAUGACUUACUAACAAUUUCUCUGUUCGAGGCUUUAUAAUAAGACGAAUUUUUUUUACUUUGCAAAUAUGACACGCUCACACGUAAAGUACCAAAUUGCUAAAGAUGAUGUCGAUACGUCCGAGUACUUACCACAAAAUAUUCCAGAUUUCCAAAAUGUGACGAAGACAGAACCCACAUUUUGGAGGAAAGCAUUCCAUAUAUUUUUGUUGAUCUCUGCUUACUUUAUUUUAUCAAUAGGCCUUACAUUUUAUAAUCCAUGGCUUUAUAAUGUAUAUGGUUUUAAUUUUCCCCUUGGUGUGGUAGUUUGUCAUUUGGUCAUAAAGUUUUCAUUAUCUGCAUUAAUAAGAGCUAUUAGAAGAUGUUACAGUAGUAAACGGAUAAAUCUUCUAUGGCAGAAUAUAAUUUACUCAAUAAUGGUACCUGGCAUAGCUAGUGGUGUUGAUAUUGGUUUAUCAAAUUGGGCACUUUCAUUGAUUUCGAUAUCUUUAGUCACUAUGACUAAGUCAACUACUAUUAUAUUUAUUCUUGGGUUUUCUCUUCUGUUUAAAUUAGAGAAAAAGUCAUGGUCUUUAGUAGGGAUAGUAGCGAUGAUAGCAGGAGGAUUAGCGAUGUUUACCUAUAAAUCUACUCAAUUUGGCAUUCUUGGAUUUGUAUUGUGUCUCUUAGCAUCAUUUGCGAGUGGUAUUCGAUGGACUAUGACACAACUCAUUAUGCAAAGAUCCAAAUUCGGUCUCCAUGAUCCGAUAGAUAUGAUGUAUUAUAUGCAACCUUGGAUGCUGUUACCAGCAAUAUCAGUGACUUUAUGGUUUGAAGGUAGCAAAAUAUACGAUAGUGUUAGAAUUACUGAUUGGGGCAAUAUCAGUAAUAUUUUAUUAACUACAUCUGCUGUAGUAACAGGUGCCAUUUUAGCAUUUAGUAUGGAAGUGAUGGAAUUCUUAGUUGUUACUUAUACCUCUAGUCUAACAUUGUCGAUUUCGGGAGUAUGCAAGGAAAUAUGUAUAUUAGCCUUGACCUUUGUGUUAAAAGGCGACCAACUGACUGGCCUUAACUUUGUAGGAUUGUUAAUGUGCCUUGGUGGUAUAAUACUUCAUGUUGUUCAGAAAGUAUUACUUAGUAGAAAAAAAGCAGUUGAUAAUAUGGAAUUGCAAUCGAAAGUGACAAGCAACAAUGCUAAACGCGAAGAGGAAACCGAUUCAAAUGUGCCAUUAUUGAUAGAAAAAUCGACAUCUUUAAUAAAUCUUCUCAAUGCUGAAUUUAGCUCAGAUGAAGAUGGUAAUGUGAGAGAAAGUGAUAACUCGACCCAAAUACUAUCAGAUAUUUUGCAACGCAGAGAAAAGUAAUAUAUCAU